AUGGCGCUGUCGAGGACGGCGUGGAUCGCCGCCGGCCUGCUUGCGCGGCUGCUGAUGAUCGCCGUCCUGGCCAUGACCGUGCAGUCGAGGUUCGCGAACAGAGUCCAUUACGACUUCAAGGCCGCCGGCUACAACAACGAUCUCCAGAGCUACACGAACGUAUACGUCUCCGCCGGCGCCGGCGUCGUCGUGGAUACAGCUUAUUAUUAG